AGCCGGGGAAGGGCCUGCACCGGUCUCGAGCCUCACGCCCGGGUCGGGUUAACCACAGCGCGGUGCUUCCUUCCUCCCCGCCCAGCCCACUGUGACGCCUCGCCGCGGCUGCUGAUUGGGCAGCGGCGCAUGUCAGUCUCCUCGCCUACCCCUCCUCGCCGGCCGGCCGGGCUGUGGCAGCAGGAAGUGUCUCACGCAGGACGGGGAUUCAACAAUUAAGGAAAAAUUCAUGCAAGAGUACAGAUAAAGAAGAAAAAUCUAACCAUUAGAGAAAUGGCAGGAUUCCUAGACAAUUUCCGAUGGCCAGAGUGUGAGUGUAUUGACUGGAGUGAAAGAAGAAAUGCAGUUGCUUCAGUGGUUGCAGGUGUACUGUUUUUCACAGGCUGGUGGAUAAUGAUAGAUGCUGCAGUAGUUUAUCCUAAACCAGAACAAAUGAACCAUGCAUUCCACACCUGUGGAGUGUUUUCCACAUUAGCUUUUUUCAUGAUAAAUGCUGUAUCAAAUGCACAGGUGAGAGGAGAUAGCUACAGCGAUGGAUGUCUAGGAAGAACAGGUGCUCGCAUCUGGCUCUUUAUUGGUUUCAUGCUGAUGUUCGGUUCACUUAUUGCUUCAAUGUGGAUCCUUUUUGGAGCAUAUGUUACACAAAACACGAAUGUGUACCCAGGAUUAGCUGUGUUUUUUCAAAAUGCAUUGAUAUUUUUUAGUACUCUGAUCUACAAAUUUGGAAGAACCGAAGAGUUAUGGGGAUAAUAUAAUUAAAGUUAGCAUUAAGUCCAUGCCCUUUAUAGUGUAUCCAGUAUCUAGACAUCUUUGUUUUGUUUGUUUUUUACAUUUUGCUAAAUAUUCAGAUGUUGCAUUAAAUCUUUGUUAAUGUUCUUUUGCUUUCUCUAAAUUGAAUGAACUAUGAGAUUUUCAAAAAUGGUUUAAGUUUUCUGUAAUUAGUUCCCUUUUUUCAUAGGACAGAUUUGUGAAUAUGUACAUUAUAUGGCUGUGUAUGUAUAUAUCUUAAAGCGAAUGUUAAAUUUUUUUAUUUCUGAAGUCUUUAUUUCUGCUCUCAUACAUGAACUUGCAACACCAUGUAGGAUCUGAUCCUGCAAACCCUCACACAUGUGAGACAAACGUCAGUUGAACUACUCAAGCAAGUAAGAGUUUGCAGGAUCAAGCCCACACUGUAUCAGAUCAACUAUUACUUUUAUGUGCUGGUGAGCUGUAGCUGAUUUUACAAGCUAUGCAGCAAUGCCUAGGUGGAUACCUCAAAGCAGAAGUGAGUCCUUCAAAGUGUCUCAGCUAAAAUUCUAGAUAGCUAAGAGGAAAAAAUCUUGAUUAGAUCCUGGGCUAAGAGUGAGAUUUUAAGAAGAAUUUUAUAUAAAGGUUUGAAAAAGUCAAAUACAGAAUAGCUUUUGAACUAUUUUUAAAAGGUGAAGACUUUUUAACAAGGUCCCAUAAUAAAAAGACAAUUUGAGUGACCAGUUUUAUUUUCAAUCCUGUCAUUAUUAUAGCACAAACACAAUUUAAUGACAUGAUUCUUGUACAAUUAAACACUAAUGUCUAGUGUUCAGUAACUUAUAAUCAUUAGCUAUAUUUACCAUUACAUUCAAGAAAAACCUAAAUUCAUCUGAAACUGAUAUUUUAAGUAUGACGAAUACAUGAAAGACAUUAACUUUUUAAAGUUACAUUAAUGCAGCUUUUCUUCGGGAAUCAUUUUGCUGAUGAAAUAUAUGUGGCAGGAUGACUUUUCUUCAUUUUUAUGAAUUUUUUUUCAUGUAUAUUUCUUAGAUCUAAUGAGUACACACUUAGAAAAGAAUUGAGUUGAAAUGGUUCCAUUAUUAUUGGAGUCCGGUGUGUUCUAACUGGAGAAGACAAAAAGGGAGAAUUAUGUUUUUAUAUCUAUAUUGGAUGACCUUGUACAUGUUCUACAGUUUUGGUUACAUGUUUGACAUCCUUCUCUUAUCAGUUCUACCUACAUCUAAAGCAUUUAGCAUAAAGUGAAGUGAGAUUACUUCGUCUCACUCCCAGCUUUUAUAAUUUUUUUCAUAUACCAUAAGCUUGCUCCACAAAUAGUAUUAAUAUAACUUUGACAGCGUGAAAAAAUAUUCCACAUGUAUGGCAACUAAUUUUCCUGCUAAUUUGGUUUCUUCCCAUCCCACUCCUUUCUGGGAGUCUUUCUAGUGAGCAUAAUAUGAAGCAAAUGCCAUAGCUGAGUUGUGCCAUUGCCUUGACUGUUACUUCUGACCUGAUUUGUCCACUAAACUGUGCAAGUUCAUUCUGAAUCGGUUACAUUUGAUGAUGUUAAACUGUGUGAAUUGUACAUAGCUUAUAUUUGCUCAGUUAUAACUUCACUGAAAUACAAUAAAGGCUUCCUGAGACUAA